ACUUAUUAUGUAAACAAGGUUGUAUAUGAAGGAUCGAUUAGAUGCGCGCGCUGCGCUCUUGGCUUCAGUCAGUUCCCGUUACAGCGAGCCUCGAUAGCAAAUACAGUCAGCUGGGGUUCAAAUAUAAGGAGCCAAGAUGCCGGGCGCCAGGCAUAAAAUACUGGGGCAUGUUCUGUCGGGGUUCUGCCAUAAGAUGAACCGUCGCAAACCUCUGUAUGGGGACGCAAUGGAUACUCCGCUCAACCGAUGUUUGACCACCUUGGACAUCACUUUGCUUGGCGUCGGUCACAUGGUGGGCGCCGGCAUCUACGUCCUAACUGGCGCAGUCGCUAGGCACAUGGCCGGUCCAGCCACGGCCCUCAGCUUCCUCCUGGCUGGAAUAACCUCCACCCUCGCGGCCCUGUGUUAUGCUGAAUUCGGGACGAGGAUACCGAGAGCUGGAAGUGCUUAUGCGUAUACUUACGUGAGCAUUGGAGAGUUCUGGGCCUUUAUUAUUGGAUGGAACAUCGUUUUGGAGUAUAUGAUUGGUGCAGCUUCGGUCGCCAGGGCGUGGUCCGGUUAUUUAGACGCCAUGUUAAACGGAGCUCUAAGCAAUGCCACCAUAUCCGUCACUGGAGAAAUGCACGAGACUCUUCUCAGUCGAUAUCCAGACGUUUUAGCAUUUUUAAUAUGCAUCUUAGCCUCGCUCAUUUUAGCGGUAGGCGUUAAAACCUCCGCUUACAUCAACAACGGCCUCACUAUUCUAAACCUUUUGGUCAUCACACUGGUAAUAUCGCUAGGUUUCUACUACGCUGAUACAUCGAACUGGUCUGCUGCCAAUGGCGGGUUUAUGCCCUUCGGUUUUAGUGGGGUAUUAGCUGGGGCAGCGACAUGUUUCUACGCCUUUGUUGGCUUUGACAGCAUCUCGGCGUCUAGCGAGGAAGCUAAAGAUCCUCGCUCAAUUCCUAUUGCGACAGUCCUUUCCAUGGCCAUUGUCGCUUUUGGAUACAUUCUUGUCGCUUUAGCUUUGACUCUUAUGGUGCCAUAUACUAGUAUUAAUCCUGAAGCAGCACUGCCCUCCGCUUUAGGUGCAGUGCAUGCCGAUUGGGCUAAAUAUGCAGUUUCCGUUGGAGCAGUCUGCGGAAUGACCACUACUCUUCUUGGAUCUCUGUUCUCCCUGCCCCGUUGUUUAUAUGCCAUGUCUACUGAUGGCCUUCUAUUUGGUUUCCUCAGCGACAUUAGCAACAAGUCUCAGAUCCCUAUUGCGAACUUGAUUAUUUCUGGAUUAUCAUCAGCGAUCAUUGCUCUAUUGUUUGACUUGGAGAAGCUCGUAGAAUUCAUGUCAAUCGGUACAUUAUUGGCGUACACAAUCGUGAGCGCUGCAGUUAUAAUAUUACGGUAUCGGCCUGCUCCUACAGUUGACGAUAAGAGUUUUGGAGUUCCACCGAUAGAUUCUCCUGGAGAUCGUGAAGAUAGUUCAGCAACUGGUACACCAGCGACUGAUGGCGGAUCUUCUUCUUCAGAGAUGUUCGAAGCUCUAACCGUCGGUCGUCUCCGCCCGCAAUACGCCUGGCUUGAGCCACUCGUCGGCGGCCGAGCACCCGGGGCUGCCGUCUCUGGCUGUGUGUACACUUUGACUGCGGCUGCCGCCGCGUUAUGUGCACAUAACCAUUUCGUGGCUGAACAGGCGGGCUUGUGGGCACUGCUGCCGGACCUUGUGCUGACUUCCAUCAUUAUUGCAUGUAUAUUCAUAAUCUGGGCGCACCAGCAGUCUCCAGCGCGGCUUCCAUUCAGAGUCCCAUGGGUUCCACUACUUCCUGCCGCCUCCGUCAUGCUCAACGUCGAGCUCAUGGUGAAUCUUAACGCGCUGACGUGGGCGCGGUUCGCUAUAUGGAUCACUUUUGGUCUCCUCCUCUACUUCCUCUACGGCAUCCACCACAGCAAGCUAGGCGAAGGCGUAGCCGGUCUCCUGUCCCGAUCAGCCAGCGCCGGCCGCGGCUGGGGCGCCAUCGAAAAGACUUCGCGGCGCAUCGGACGCUUCGGAAAAGAAAAGAGUGACGAUCGAAAACCGAUCAUAAGCGACGAUGAACUCGCGCGGCGGGAUCCGUGAUUCUAAAGUUGUAUGUGUUCUGAAGAUUCCAAUUUGAAAACGCACGUUAAACUUGUGGCUUGACAUCCCUCGGGUAAGCACCUAUUAUUAUUAUUUUUUUCAAUAUCCAUAAUUGUUACGGUUCCUAUUCAGAUAUGGAUUCAGGGAUACAGAUAAGUCAAAAGGCCAAAUUAGAUAUUUAUUGAAAGAACACAUGACAUCAGCAAAAGACUAUUGGUUUAAAAGUCUGCAACAUAUGACAAUGAUUUUGCCUUCAAAUAUACGUCAAGGUGCGUUUUCAAUAUGUAAUGACUCUAUCUAAUAAUUAUUUACAGAUCUGUGUUCAGCUCUAUAAACUGUCGCUUAGUUUGUUCGUUUUAGUUAGUUACACGUAAGACACAAUGUCGCCAGUGGUUGUGUUAUAAUUUGCUUGGCUAUCCCAAGAUGAUUGGCACUUUUAAAAAUAUUACUUUGAUAUCUCUAUAAUCUGAUUAUAGAACAUGACUACCGUUUUUAAAUGUAUCUACUUCUAUUAUUUAUUACCUACUCAUACGAUUUGUUAUGGAUUCUUGAACUAUUCGGACAACAUAGGCACAAAAUGAUAUUGCAUUUAAAACUUUUAUACUCCAAUGGAAAAAUGUUUCAAAUAGUGAUGACUUCAAUUUUAGAAGUAGGUAUAAAAUGAGAUGAAAUUUUAAUUGAAGGAGGUAUCUUCGUCCACGGGAUUAACUGAUAAAUUGUACCUACAAAGCCAUAAGGUUCUCCCUAAGUCAUUUAAAAGUCUUGCUGCUUUAGUGCAACACGCGAAAACUACAUAAAGAAUAAAAUGUAAUGUAUUCAAGCGCCAUAUCAUUGAUAACAUCUUCAGAUGACUUAUACGAUGGCAGUCGCUGGUCCAAACUCUUUGGCAUGUCUGGGAACGUAGCCGAAUGGCACAAACGCUCACGAAACGAAACGCUCGUAGAUAUCUAUCUCUAUCGCUCUUGCAUAUUGGCGCGACAGAGCCAGACUAUUACCUUUCACGGCGUUUCGUUUUCGUUUCGCGUCGCAAAAAUGCCAUUCGGCUACGGCACCUGUACUAGCGGGGGCAACGGAUUUGUAGAAACAGUUCGUGUUACUAACUGACGAUAACGUUAUGCUAAUGUUCAUGUUAAAUUAGCUUAAAUCACAGUAUAAUAAAGAGUACUGUCGUACAGUAUGGCCACACCCGCUCUCCGCUGAAAGUGCCGCCCACCCCCUCUCGGUUACCUGACAGUUACCGCUUGUCAAAAACGCGAAUAGUCGACCUGU